AUGAAAAUAGAUUCUGUAGAACAAACGAAUACUAAUAUAGAACCGGUUAAUUCAGAUAAUUCAGAUAGUAUAAAUAAUUCAGGUUCUAAUGUAAAAAUAGUUGAGUUUUCAGAAAAUAGUGAAGUUUUAGAAAAUAUAGAAAUAGUUGAAUCUUCAGAUGAAUCAGAAAACGAAGAUAUAAGUAUCGAGGAAGGGUUUGAUAAUUAUUUACAAGAAUGGGUAGAGAUGUUAGAAGAAGAAAAACAACGAUUUGAAGACGAAGAUAUAGAAAGGGGAGAUGAUAAUGAUGAGAUUUCUCUAAAUAAUACUGUUCAUCCUGUGAUUGACCCCAAUGCGAAAUAG